AUGGCCUUCUUUGCGAGUCUGAGACGGUUCAAAUUCUUUACUGAUCAUUCCACUCGGAUCAAACAUAAGAACAAUGAGGACGAUUCGUUUGUCUUCGUCUAUCACAAGGAAACUCGAAGAAUACCAACCCGACUCAAGAUAGCAACUGUCGCCCCUGAUGUAGAAGAGAUCCCCAAGAAGGCAUUCUUUAAGAGACAGCAUCUGAACCGUGUUGAUUUCAGUCAAGCAAAUCAACUUGUCACGAUUGGUGUCGCAAGCUUUGCCCAUUGCAAUCAUCUGAUCGAGGUCCAGCUUCCACGAACAGUAGAAACAUUGCGAUCCGAAGCAUUUUUGCAUUGCAUUCGAUUGCGAAGGAUGCGUCUCAAUGCAAACCUUGUUUCCAUUGGACACAGCGCCUUUAUGGGUUGUCAAGAGCUACAAUUCAUCGACUUUACUCGGUCCAAACGUCUCGAGGUGAUUGGCGCCUCUGCCUUUUGCUACUGUUUAAGUUUGACUACCAUUGAAAUUCCAAACAGCGUCAAAAAAAUUCAACAUUCGGCAUUCUCGGGAUGUGAAAACCUCAAGGAAGCCAAAUUUCGAAACACCUAUAUCGUCGAGAUUCCACAAAGCGCCUUUGCCAUGUGUUCCAGCCUACGCCUUGUGGACUUUGGAAGUGCGACAAACAUAACAUCGAUUCAGAUCAGUGCAUUCGAGUCAUGCGCGUCUUUGGAGGUUGUGAGAUUGCCAAUGCGCCUACAAAUAUUGGAAGAACGGGCCUUCUUUGGCUGUCAAAGCCUCGCAGAAGUACACUUUCCAGAGAGCCUAACGAAAAUCAAGAAUCUGGCAUUUUCCAGAUGUGACAAACUAAAAACAAUCACGCUUCCUGCUGCUCUAAACUGUCUAGAAGAAGCAUUUGAUGCACAUUACUUGGAGCAAGUGGAGAUCAAUGGCAACAACCCGGCUCUCUGGAUUCGUCUUCACCGUUUGUACCCAGAUGCGAUAUCGUUUGAACAAAUGGUGUCAAGAAGCUUACGGUAUCCCGACUCUUUGGGAAAUAGAGAGUUUUUAUUGCCUUCCUUGUCGGAUGAUGAGCUGCAACAAGAAACAGAUCUUCUGCAGGCGCUCCAACUCGAACAUGCAAAUGCCAUUUGGCGCUUGGUGACUUGGUGUUUGGGCAGAGGAAUUAUGCUUCACAACAACUAUUAA